AGCUGGACAGGCCUGGGUUUGAGCUGCACUGCGUUCCCCGGGCCAAGGCUGAGCCUGGGAGACAGGUCAGUCAGUGGGUCAGACAGCAGGAGGAUGCUGUGUGUGGUCCUGGGUGGGUAGAGCCCAGGAGAAGCCUCCAGGAAGAGGACCAGGGUGGCGGCCAAGUGGUGGGAGGGACCAGCACUGGCAGGUUUCUGGGAGGGGAGCCCAGGCGGCCAGCACCAAGCCCUGCCCACCUGUGAGUCACUGCCCUACCUCGGCUGGGCAUUUUUCUGGUUUCCCUCAAAACAUCCAAUUUCUGAGCAACCGCUGUGUGUGACUCCCUGCUGUCCUGCCUUUGGGGCCCGGGCUUCCUGGCGGGGUGGGUGAGUGGGCAAAGAUGUGGGACCAGACCCGCCUCCCACCUGUCCAAGCAGCGUAGCACAACUGUGUCAGGGGACAUGGGAGGAGCUGAGCAGCUCGGCACCGGGGUGAGGCGAGGAUGCUGGUGUGGAGUGUGAGCUGGGGGGGGCGGCUCUGAGCACCCUUACAUUUUUGGGGCUGGGCGGAGAAAGCUGGAGGAGGAAGCUGAGCUGGCCUUGCAGGAAGGACUGGUCCUGGUGCCGGCCCUCCUCAUCCCUGGUGACUGGCCACAUGGCAGGACCGGUCUCAGGUAUGGGCAGACACAUCAGUGGCCUGACUGCAAAGGGACUCAGGUAUGCCAGGAUCCAGCCCCUGCCCUAUGGCUGGCCCCUACAAGAAGAUUGCCCUACCCAGGCCAGCCACAAAAACCCAUCUGACCAGUCCAGGAGGCUGGGGGCAGACUGCUGGGGUGCUAGAAUAAAAAGAGGGCCCCUCUGACCCCUGGCCUUCCCUAGCCGGGCAGAGAGGGUCCUGGAGGUCCUGACCCCGUCCCAACCCCUCCCCACACACCCCAUUAUCCUGUGCACACAGUCCUUGUAAGUGGACUGGCCCAGGGGCUUUGGCCAGGUGGAUGCUAGGGGCAGGCAGCCUCUGAUAGGGGCGUCCAGGGCUUCCUACGGUGCCCUCCCCCUCAGGGAGUUUCUGGGUGGUCUGUGUGUGUGUGAGCGGGGAUCUCCACACCAGUGCCUGAAGGCCUCCUUGGAGCCUUGUGGGGCUGGCCACUGCCCCAUAAUGGGAACACAACAGGCCCAGCCCAGGCAGGGACAAAGGCACUGGGACAAGUCCACAGGGACAUGCACAAAGGCAUUGAGCCACGGAGCAGCAGGACCCCUCAGGGCGCUGAACUGGUGGGAGUCCUGGCAGGCUUCCUGGAGAAAGUGAUGCCUGAAUUUAAGAGCUUGAACUGAAAGCCAAAAAGCUCUCCCAUUGUUGGGGGUAGGGGUUAAUGGGACACGAGUGAGCAUGAGUGCGCGGGUUUUGGACGCAGGUCUGGGUGGACAAGGCGAGAAAAUGGGCAGUGUUGAGGAGUGACACUGAGGCCUGGGUGAGGGGUUAGUGGAGCGGGGUCUGAGCGUGGACGGGCGGGGCGGUUGGAAUGGGGGGCACCUUAUCUCCUGCUGAGUUGGUGGUGCCGAUGGAUCUAGUUGCAAGCUCUUUGUGGCUGAAAGGGGAGCCCAUGUCUGCCCGCAGCCACCACCUGCCUCCCUGCUGACUGGUCUGUGCUCAACCAGUAACGCGAGCCCCAAGGAGGGAGCCGCAGGGCACCCUGGGUCCCCCCCACCCCGGCCACCCCGGCCACCCUCUGGCUGGGCAUAGGGCACCCAGCAGAGCGGAUGCAGGAUGCUGCAGCCAGAGGGUCCCUGGGCUACUGAAGAGGGCACGGCCGCAGGGACCCCACGAGGUGACUGCAUCAUCUGCUACUCGGCCUAUGACCUCGCUGGGCACCUGCCACGUCGCCUCUACUGUGGUCAUACCUUCUGCCAGGCGUGUGUGCGGAGGCUUGACACGCCAGCCCACGAGCAGCGCUGGAUCCCCUGCCCUCAGUGCCGCCAGAGCACGCCCACGCCCCGUGGAGGGGUGGCCAUGCUGGACCUCGACCUGGCCGCCUUCCUGGCCAUCAAGGCGGAGCGGGAGCCGUCUCGCGUGGAACCCCAGCCACCCACACCCCUCAAAGGCAGCACCGCCAUCACUCAGCAGCCGGCCGGGCUCUGCCCCAGCUUGGGCCCCCAGCCCCACUUCCCCCGGCCUAGAUGCUGCUGCGGGAGCUGCAGCAGCCUCUGCUGGGCCCCCCUGGGCAGUCCUGAGGUCUGAGCUCCCGGCAGGGGAGCUGCUGCCUGCGCCAGGCCUG